CGGCUUUACUUGACGUUGACGCUUGUCGUUGUCGGCUUGUCUUGGUUCGUUGAUAAUCGCGGGGUGUUCCUGUAAUGUUUGCGUUGGUUCGUUGGUCGUGAAUAAUAUUUUAUUUAAAUUUUAGCUUCUGUAAAAAUGGUGGAAAUUCGUUUGACUAGAAAUUUAUUCUUGCGUUGUAUGAACAUUAUUUAUUUAUUUGCUUUUGCUUCAUUAUAUAUUCAGAUACCUGGUCUGUACGGCAGAAAUGGCGUGUUGCCGGCACAUGUCCAGCUGGAAUCCAAAGACAACACUUUGGUUCAAAACAUCCACAACAAACCGACACUUCUGUGGCUGGCCCCAUACAUCGGCUUGGACACAGAGUACAUGAUGGAUGCCCUGUCUCUAAUUGGGAUCUUGCUGUCGUUUUCCGGAUUUGUUUCUCAAAAGUUCUGCACCAAGCCUAUGUUUGCAGCAUCAUGGUCUCUUUACUACUCGCUUUACCAAGUUGGACAAACGUUUCUUUGGUUUCAGUGGGACAUCUUGCUGCUGGAGGCAGGAUUCCUGUGUGUGUUGGUUUCCCCGAUUCGGCACAAGCCUGGUACACGUCGCCGCCCCACGCUGCAGGCUCCCAGUGACCCCGUCACGUUCUGGCUUGUCCGCUGGCUAGCGUUCCGACUGCUCUUCAGCUCCGGCAUCGUCAAGCUCACCAGCGGCUGCCCUCAGUGGUGGAGCCUGAAUGCACUCAAUGUCCACUUUGAGUCAAUGUGUCUGCCAGCACCUCUCGCCUGGUAUUGCUUCCACCUGCCGGGUUGGUUCCUCAAUCUCAACACUGUGUUUGCCAACGUUUGUGAGAUUUUCCUCCCUCCACUUUUCUUCUUCCCAGUCCAGUCGGUAAAGACCGUGGCAUUUUGGAUACAGAUGUUCCUUCAAGUUUGCAUCGUCAUCAGCGGCAAUUUCAAUUUCUUCAACUUCCUGACGAUGUCUCUAUGCUUGUCUCUUGUUAACGACAGUUUCUUUGCAACAAAAAAACAAGAGAACAAAUCGAGCAAACUUGGAACAAUACUGAGCUACCUGACCUGCCUUGCUGUGUAUGGUACAGUGUUGUAUGCUACGUAUGUGUUGUACUCUAUAAAGUUCUAUCCGGACGGAAAAAUUGAGUCGAAGAUUGCAUUCUCCAAGGCAGAAUUUGACUUCGCAUUGUCUAAGGGCUUGCCCUUAGUAAUCUUAGUGGGACUACUGUCUUUCAUAGGGACAGCAUUCCAAGCCCUGCUUGCAGCUCUGUCCCAGACCUCCUCGUCCUUCUUCUCGAAGAUCUUCACCUUGUUGUCCACUGCGUUCUACAUCAUUGCUGCCAUAUUCGUGUUCGCUGACAGUCUGGUACCGUUCUCCACUUUGCACCCAGCUGGAAAUGCCACAGUCCUGCCAGUAGUGAGGGAGUGGCAUACUCGCCUGUCACACCUGCACCUCACCAACGCUUACGGGCUAUUCAGGCGCAUGACAGGUGUCGGAGGCCGGCCAGAGAUCAUCAUCGAAGGAGCCAACGACCUCAAAGGCCCUUGGCUGGAGUACCACUUCCUCUACAAGCCCGGUGAUGUCAACAGGAGCCUUCCAUUAGUUGCACCCCAUCAACCGCGGUUGGAUUGGCAGAUGUGGUUCGCAGCGCUGGGCACGUACCACCAGAACCCAUGGCUCAUGUCUCUCACCUACCGGAUCCUGACCAAUCAACCGGAGGUGCUGGCAUUGAUGGACCAGGCCAACAACCCCUUCAAGGAUUCCCCACCCAAGUACCUGAGAGCUGAACUCUACCAUUACCAUUACACCAGUUGGUCUGAAAGACUCACAAACAAGUGGUGGACCAGGGAAAAGGUUGGGGAAUACUUUCCCACAUUCUCCAAAGAUCACAAACCACUGUUAGAGUACCUGCGUAACCUCAAAAUGUUGUCCCAGGAGAGCCACAAGUCAACUGUAAAUCAGUAUGCAAAAAGAGUGUUAGACCAACUGCGCUCUCUGUUCACCCAGAUUGAUGGCGGACUUCUGCUAUGGUCACUGUUCAGCGCUGGAAUGGCUAUAAUCAUGUUGAGCGGUUGGUCCACCCCCGCCACCACUCCACGAGCCAAGAAAAACAACUGAAACUCGGAUCACGUGUUCACAACUCUUAUCAAAUUUCUUCUAACAAUCAAAUAUGUAUAGAAGAUCUUUUUGUAAAAGAUAGAUUUUCAUAUAACAAAACAAAACUGUUUCAAGUGACUUCAUAAUUGUAUCUACUGUUUGUAUCUUUUUAAGAGUUUCUGUUGUAUUUGUGGAAAUGGCGUUUCAAAUUUUAUAAAUUGUCUUUUUUCAUGACGUCUUAAUUUGUCUACUGUCUCGUAGUAAAAUAAUAAUUCAUAGAAUUGUAUCUCGUUUGUUAUGAAAAAAGACAAUGACUUGUGUAACCUCUUAAUUACAAUAAGACAGUGGUAACAAUCUCAUACACGAUGCCAAUCUUUUCUUAUUUUUUGAAACACUGUACAGAUAUGUAAAGUUGUCGAUGUUUGUAGAUAUCAAGAACCCUAAUCUCUUGUUUUUUCAUGCUAGGUAGUGAAAUCUCAAUGUUAAUAAUAUAUAUCUGUUUACAAGGGAGGAACAAAGUAUUGUUUCUUAUCUGAUGAUUGUAAUUGUUAUAAUGUUCAACUUGUGUAAUAAAUGAUUCCUGUGGUUUAAACUACUUUGGAUUAGUGAAUGUUAAAAGUUGAAUAUACUCGUAUUAUAAUGUCCAUUCCUCUUAUAUUUUAUUCGUGUAAGACUAUCAACUUCAUUCCUGUUUUUUCUUUAGAAUCUCUUAUUUUAAGUUUACAUAUUUCAUUAAUUUUCAUUUGGACUUUGUGGUUAAUGGAGUCGUCUUUUUGUUGCGUGCCAGCUUGAAACUACGUAAUAUUUUUUCUUUUUAUAUUUUUUUGUUCUUGGUCUGUGCCCUAAAAUGACUAAAACCAAUGAAAUCAAACCAUCAAAAUUUUUAACUCAGCGUCGUAACCAGCGAAAGCACAGAUUUUUCGACUGAUUAGUUUUAAAUCGCUUAGUUUCAGUAAGAUGAAUUUUCCAAAGGUCGAUUUCUUCUACCAAAGUUCAAUUCUCCGGACGAGAUAAGAAAUGCUGUAGUCUGGUUUAACACUGAAUGAUUGCAUUUAUUAGCAUGUAAAGUGUUGUGGACGUAUUAGGUUAUUUAGCGGUUUGUAAUCGUGUAGAUCAGGGUGAAGUCAACAUGGAUUUUCUCCAAUUGAUUUUAAUUUAUUUUUAUAGUAGUUUAGGUAUUUCCACAUUUCGGAUAAGGUCAACAAACGUAUAAAGCGUAUUUGAUUGGAAAUGUUCAAGACGUAAUGUGUACAUUUCCAGACAGUUUUACCAACAUUAGCACCAUUACCUCUAAGCUCGUACGUUGACAGCCUUUAUGAGUACUGGUCAACGAGAAAAUCUAGAACUUUUAAACUAAAAGCAGGUAGUAUCACUUGCAAAUCUUUUUUAUAGGUAAUUUCAUUUUUUCUAAUUAUUAUAUAUGAAAACCCUUGUUCAUUUCCCCAAAAAUAUGGAAUAUAACAUUAAUUUGUACAAAUAAAUCAGGAUAACUUAAAAUAAACAGUAUGUUUUUUAGGAAAUUGAUUGCUAAUUUUGCAUCUUUUUAAGGUUAAUUGCAGAAACAUUUUGUAAAAAAAAUGAGCCUCUAAGCCCAUUUACAACUCCAAGCUAGUUUACCGUGCAUAGUCGUUGUAAACCGUAGAAAUGAAGUCAAUUGUCUUGAAAUUACAUUCACUCCUUUGACUCUGAUUUAGAUGAUUUUCAGAUGACUGAUAUGGCUUAGGGGAAACAAACCCAGUGUCAAGAAAAUUUGAGUUAUUUUCUGGUGGUGUACUAACAGGUACUACCCCUGAGUCAGACGAAUUUUCAAUAUUUGUGGAUGAUGCAUUUAAAGGAUAAAAACCUGAGCCAAUAAAAUUGGUAUCAUUUGUAGAAGGUACAUUUGCAUCAUUAGUAUCAUUUGUAUAUAAAGUGUUAAAGUUUUGAAAUUCUGAAUCAUAAAAAUCUGGAAGAAUUAAUUCUUCAAGGAUUCUUAACUCUGUUUCAAGGGGAUACUGUUUGCUCUCUUGUAGUGUAUGGUUAUUUACUGUAACAUGGUUAGUGCUUACAUCACUGCUCAUGCAUAUAUUCUCUUCCAUUUUGAUGCUACAAUUCUGUAAUGUUGAUCUACCUGUAUUUUCUGUUUUUAAUCGGAAGCUUCGUCAUGCAGCUUUAAAGAUAUUUCUAAAAAUUAAAAUUAACUAAUUAUUUCUAAUUUAAUAAUCGAAGUGGCUGCAGGUACUUUUAUCCUUUAAUGACUCCAAGAGAGUGCGUUACUUCCAAAGACUAUGCCUGAGGCAUAAGUGGGCAUGUUUUAGAUGGCUAAGGCAUUGCUAGUGGAGCACACCCUGUUUGAACACAUUACUGCCUGCAGAUGUCGUGCAGUUUUGCCAACUGAAAAAAUGUGUGGUAAAGCAAAGGCAUGAUGCUUACUGAAUUUCCAGCUAAGGGUAUCUCCACCUCAAACUUCUGCUCUUCCUUUUCUUACCUUAAGUUGUUUACCGUAAAAUCUGAAUUUGCCUGGUGGUAGGAGAGUAUAAAACUUACAGUAUUGUCCACAUCACGUAAAGUAACCGUGUAAUUUUCUACAAUAAUAGUAGAAAUUAGUAGAGUUUACAUCUCUAUUAUCGACAUUUGGACAGAGUAUUUUCUGCUCAGAAUUAAAUGUUGAGAAUUACAAUAUUUUUAUAAAUUUUAGCCUUUGGACUCUAUUGAGCUGGAUCUUUAGCUUAUAGUAUGUUUUUUUAUUUAUAAAUAAGGUUAUAGACUUGUUCCUUUUCUUAACCCUAUCCUGCUCAAGUUACACCAAAUGCUUUUGAUGCUCCUGUGCUGGGUUGAUUAAAUCAUUCUGCUAUAAGAGAAAUCUUUUAAUCAUUUUUCUAAUUUUAACAACUGUUUAAGCCACAAAUUGUUAUGAAGGUAAUUGAAUUAUCUAUAAUGUGGCAUUUAUUAAAUUAGACUUACAAGAUUAAAGUAAAUUUAUUAUAAUAUAAAAUUGAAAUAUUUCCUUGUGCAAAAUAAAAUAAUGAUUUUAUGCUAAUAAUUCAAAAUAUGAAAUACAUAAUAAUUACAAUUACUCUUAUUGUGUUUCUAAAUUUUCCUGUUGGUUCUUAAAAAAUUUGUGUUCUCAUGAAAGAAAUGUCAUGUUGUCAAAAGAACGAAGUACAAAACGUUUGUUAUUUUAUUUCUAUGUAGCAACGUAAUUCAAUACAAUUAGUCAGUGAGCAACGUAUUUCUAUGAAUAAAACAUAUAAUGGCAAUUAGCCGGGAGAGGGUUAACAUAGCAGUCGAGGAAAUUUGUUUUCCAAAAUAAAGCAAGGCUCUGAAAUUCAUUCAAGUUUUGUACCUUGUAACUGGCACAAUUUAUUGUUACAUACUCUAUUUUUAUAAUUUUUAGCAUAGUUUUAUAAAGUACUCCAACUUUUAUUAUUAUAAUUUUACUGCCUAAAUGUGUAUUUUUAUAUUUAUUUUCAAAUUCUUUAAGCUCACUACUAUGUAAAUAUUUGAUUUUUAUAAUAAAAUUUUUAUUUUUAUAAUUUUUUGUGCUUUGACUAAUUUUUGUUAGCUUAAGUUCAGUUGUUUAACUAAACAUGUCUUAGGAGAUUUGAUUAAUAAAAUAAUAAUUCUGUGUUUUUGGA